AUGGCUCUGUCGACUGGGCACGUCGCCAGUCAGUUGCGCCAUCUCAUUUACUACCAUCUCGACAACAAUCUCAUUCGCAACGCUCUGUUCCUCGCUGGACGCCUUCACGCAUACGAGCCCCGUUCUUUUGAAGCGCAAUACCUCAUUUCGCUCUGUCACCUACACAAUGGAGAGAUCAAGGCCGCGUUUGACCAUAGUCAGAGUUCCGGCUCUCGAGGCCUACACCUGGGCUGCGCUUACGUCUUCGCCCAGGCCUGUUUGGAUCUCGGCAAACACCUGGAUGGCAUAGCGGCACUGGAGCGUAGCAAAGGCUUGUGGGCAACCAAAAACAACUGGAACAAGCACAAUGAAACACAACGACAGCAUUUGCCAGAUGCGGCGGCCGUCUACUGUCUACUGGGAAAGCUCUGGCAUACGCACAAAGACCUCAACAAAGCAGUGGAUUGUUAUGUGGACUCGCUGAAACUCAAUCCCUUCAUGUGGGAUGCGUUUCUGGGUUUAUGCGCAACGGGUGUCAACAUCCGAGUCCCUAAUAUCUACCAGCUCAGUCCCGAACUCCUCGCCAUAAUUUCGUCAUCUUCCGAAGAAAAUGACUUCGUGCCUGAUCGUGUUGCGCCUGCAGAAGGUGCAUUUCCUGUACACACUGGCCACAACGCGCCUGAUCCUUUUAUGGUCUCCGCUUCACGUAAUGAUGCUGAUGCAACAUACGGAAGCUCUGCGCUAUGGGAGAAGCUCAAUGGAAGCUCGGUCAACGUGGCAUCGGUCGCACCACCAGUUAUUCACGAGGGCAUGGAAACACCGCAAAGUAGCGGAUCAGAUGAAUUCCGAAUUGCGAACAGGGUAAAUGAUCCGGAAUCCGCAUGGGAGCCACCUUUGGCUCCGACUAGGAAAAAUCGUACAAUUCAAAGUAUGAGUUUGGAUCACCCGGGAAACCCCCCUUCCAAGAUGCGUCCUACGGGCAUUCGACCUCGAACAAAGACCAGGACGGAUCCAGAGGAUCCGCACCUGGGUCCUUCGGAAGAGAACCUCCACCUGCCCCCCGAAUCGGUGAUCGCAAACGCACCGUCUCUGGCCAGGUUGCUCAUCCACUACCUCCUCAACCGACUGAGCCAGGUGCUCCCCAACGUCGUAGCAGACGGCCGCGAAGUCAAGAAAGUGAGAAGUAUGCACUCUAAAGGACGUCCUACCACGUCGACGGUUGGGCGCGUUGGUCAACGGGAAACACCUUGGGUUCUUGCCCAGCUUGGCCGCGCCUACUUCGAACAAGCAAUGUAUACGGACGCUGCCAAAUACUUCUCAAGGGUGCAAAGCUUGGCACCGUCGCGGCUUGAAGAUAUGGAAAUCUACUCGACUGUUCUAUGGCAUCUGAAGAGCGAUGUGGAGCUGGCUUACCUGGCCCAUCAGUCAUUGGAAGCCGACCGACUAUCGCCUCAGGCAUGGUGUGCCCUGGGCAACUCAUUCUCCCACCAACGAGAUCAUGACCAAGCAUUGAAAUGCUUUAAACGUGCAACGAUGAUUGACCCCGAAUUCGCCUACGCUUUCACCCUUCAGGGCCACGAAUAUGUGGCUAACGAAGAAUACGACAAAGCCCUCGACGCCUACCGCCACGGAAUUACAGCUGACAAUCGACACUACAACGCCUGGUACGGGUUGGGAACGGUGUACGAUAAAAUGGGCAAAUUGGACUUUGCCGAGCAGCAUUUCCGCAAUGCGGCAACCAUCAAUCCGACCAAUGCGGUCCUCAUCUGCUGUAUUGGGUUGGUUUUGGAGAAGAUGGACAACCCCAAGAAUGCCUUGGUCCACUACGAACGGGCCUGCUCAUUAGCACCCCACUCCGUAUUGGCGCGAUUCCGCAAAGCCCGUGUUCUCAUGAAGAUGCAAGAAUUCAAAUUCGCAUUGGCAGAGUUGAAGGUCCUCAAGGACAUGGCGCCCGACGAGGCGAACGUGCACUACCUCCUAGGCAAACUGUAUAAAAUGCUCCACGACAAGGCCAAUGCGAUCAAGCAUUUCACUACAGCCUUGAACUUGGAUCCAAAGGCUGCACAGUUCAUCAAAGAUGCGAUGGAGUCUUUGGACGACGAUGAAAUGGAGGACGAAGACAUGGCGUAG